GCUAUCAUCAUCGCCAUAAGCAGCUACUAGUAUGAGUUAUGAGUGACAGGUGACACCUGCAUGAAGAUAAAUAUAACAUCAAACAAUAUAACAAUUCUUACAAAUCACCGGUGCUUGCUUAAAGGUUCAGACUUCGAGUAGCUAGUAGUAUAGGACACUAGCUAGUACUCGGCUCUCGAUCGGUUGCAGAACAAUAAAAAGGAGAGAGAGAAAGAGAGAGAGAGAGGGAGAAGACGCCCAUCAGGGGGGAAGCUGGAGGAAUAAAUAGACGAACGGUUGUUAGAUGCAGGCUACUCCAAUUUCUUACACGGCUUAGGGCGCAAGAGCUGAGCUAGCCUAGCAGCGACGACGACACGAUCACGAUGCAGCAGGGCGAUCAGCAGAUGAUGGAGUGCAGCGGCGGCAAGGAGCAGCAGAUGCAGAUCGUGUGCGUGCGGAGCUCGUCCACGGGCGGCGAGGAGGUGGUGGGGGAGUGGGCCGCGGCGGAGGAGCAGUCGUCGUCGCGGUCGUCGGCGCUGUCGCUGUUCAAGGAGAAGGAGGAGGAGAUCGAGCGCAAGAAGGUGGAGGUGCGGGACAAGGUGUUCUCCAUGCUGGGCCGGGUGGAGGAGGAGACCAAGCGCCUGGCCUUCAUCCGCCAGGAGCUGGAGCUCAUGGCCGACCCCACGCGCCGGGAGGUGGACGCCAUCCGCAAGCGGAUCGACAAGGUCAACAAGCACCUCAAGCCGCUCGCCAAGACAUGCCUCAAAAAGGAGAAGGAAUACAAGAUGUGCCUCGAGGCCUACAACGAGAAGAGCAGCGAGAAAGCCACGCUGGUCAACAGGCUAAUGGAGCUCGUAAGCGAGAGCGAGAGGCUGCGGAUGAAGAAGCUCGAAGAACUCAACAAGACGAUAGAGUCCCUCUACUAGAUCUGCUCUCAUGGAAGAAGAGAAUGAUGAUGGUAAGGUAGUCACUUGUAUUCUGACCCACCGGGAAAACUAGCAUUGCCAAUAACUCAACGUGCAAUUUUUUUUCUGCGACGUGCUUGAUGAUUGGAUUUGUGUAAUUUUACACGUGAUUUGUAACGGAUGGUUUGUAUCCAUCGCUUUUGUAAUUGCUCUGCGUGGCAGCGUCACAUAGUCGUGCAAACGAACGUUCCUACAAAAGGUAUUUUGUGAGCAGGGGACACGAUCUUUACCUACCACGACACAAGAGGUGAAAAUAAAUAGAACUGCUCCGGUACCCUCCGGUUAGGAA